AUGCAAUACACGCGUUUUGGAAAGACGGGUCUUCGAGUAUCCCGUAUUUGCCUUGGUUGCAUGUCCUUUGGUAAUCCAGACUGGAGCGAUUGGCUUCUUGGUGAGGAUGAUGCUAUGAGCUUAAUUAAGAAGGCCUAUGAUGCUGGCAUCAACUUUUUUGAUACAGCGGAUGGCUACUCUAGCGGCGAAAGUGAAAAGAUUCUGGGCAAGGCAAUUCACAAGUAUGGGUUUGCGCGAGAUCGUAUCGUUGUUGCCACCAAGGUGUACUUUCCAGUCCAACGCUUUGUGAUGACGGAGCAAGAACGUAUUGCAGGUGCUGAUAUUGUCAAUCAAUCGGGUCUAUCACGCAAGCACAUCUUUGAUGCUGUGGACGCGUCUCUCCAACGCCUUGGUUUGGAUUACAUUGAUGUUUAUCAAAUCCAUCGUAUGGACCAUCACACCCCUAUUGAAGAGACGAUGGAAGCGUUGCAUGACCUGGUGAAGAAGGGCAAGGUGCGUUACAUUGGCGCAAGUUCGAUGCAUACAUGGGAGUUUCAAAAAGCCAAUCACGUUGCUGCUAUGCAUGGAUGGACCCAAUUUGUCAGUAUGCAGAACCUUUACAACUUGUUGUAUCGUGAAGAAGAACGAGAAAUGAUCCCCUACUGCAUUGAUCAAGGCGUGGCACAAAUCCCAUGGUCACCAUUAGCUAUGGGUGUCUUGUGCGGCAAAAAGCGUGAUACCAAACGUAGCGAGCAGAGUAUUCCAAUGAUGCAAUUCUAUAUGGGUGGUGGUGAACGAUAUGCAAAGACCAAUGAUGACAUUGUGGAUCACGUGGUAACACUUGCAGAAAAGAAACGAUUGAAGCCAGCUCAGGUUGCUCUUGCCUGGCUAUUGUCAAAGUCUCAUGUCACAGCACCCAUCAUUGGUGUGACAAAGGAACAACAUUUACAAGAUGCCAUUGAUGCUCUGAAUAUUGAACUUACUGAAGAUGACAUCAAGUAUCUCGAGGAGCCAUACAUUCCCAAGCCCUUGUUACCUUUUCAAUAA